UCUCAUUCCCUUUCUCUCUCUUGGUCAGGUUGGGUGUCAGUUACCUAAAGGUGGGGACAUUUCCUGAUGCAUUUGCAACACUGAGACAUUGUCUUAAGGGAGGCCAGAUGCCAUUCUGAGCCCCAGGCAGGGAAAGUCAAGAGCGGGGGCAGCCCGGCUGGGGAAGACACCCCUCCUCGUCCUGUCCCCGUGCUCCCGGCCCAGCCUGUUUCCUAAUCAUGUCCCUGGCCGAGGCCAUCAGCCUCUGGAAUGAAGGGGUGCUGGCGGCCGACAAGAAGGACUGGAAGGGAGCUCUGGACGCCUUCACCGCGGUCCAGGACCCCCACUCCAGGAUUUGCUUCAACGUUGGCUGCAUGCACACGAUCCUGGGAAACAUGCCGGAGGCGGAGAGGGCCUUUACCAAAAGCAUUAACCGAGACAAGCACUUGGCGGUGGCUUACUUCCAACGAGGGAUGCUCUAUUACCGGAUGGAGAAAUACGAUUCAGCUAUCAAAGACCUUAAAGAGGCCUUGACUCAGCUUCGUGGGAACCAGCUGAUAGAUUACAAGAUCCUGGGGCUACAGUUCAAGCUGUUUGCCUGUGAGGUGUUAUAUAACAUUGCUUUCAUGUAUGCCAAGAAGGAGGAAUGGAAAAAGGCUGAAGAACACUUAGCACUGGCUACAAGCAUGAAGUCUGAGCCCCGACACUCCAAAAUCGACAAAGCCAUGGAAUGCGUCUGGAAACAGAAGCUGUAUGAGCCGGUGGUGAUCCCUGUGGGCAGGCUGUUUCGGCCGAAUGAGAGACAAGUGGCUCAGCUGGCCAAGAAGGAUUACCUGGGCAAGGCUACGGUUGUGGCAUCUGUAGUGGAUCAAGACAGCUUCUCUGGGUUUGCCCCUCUGCAGCCACAGGCAGCUGAGCCUCCAGCCAGACCCAAAACCCCAGAGAUCUUCAGGGCUCUGGAAGGGGAGGCUCACCGUGUGCUGUUUGGGUUUGUGCCUGAGACACCAGAGGAGCUCCAGGUCAUGCCAGGGAACAUCGUCUUUGUCUUAAAGAAGGGGAAUGAUAACUGGGCCACAGUCAUGUUCAACGGGCAGAAGGGGCUUGUUCCCUGCAACUACCUUGAACCUGUUGAGCUGCGGAUCCAUCCUCAGCAGCAGCCCCAGGAGGAAACCUCUCCAGAGUCUGACAUCCCCGCUCCUCCCAGCUCCAGUGCUCCUGGAAAACCCCAGUUGUCACCAGGUCAGAAACAAAGAGAAGAGCCAAAGGAAGUAAAGCUCAGUGUCCCCAUGCCCUACACGCUCAAGGUGCACUACAAGUACACGGUGAUAAUGGAGACCCAGCCAGGCCUCCCCUACAGGCAGGUCCGAGACAUGGUAUCUAAGAAACUGGAUCUGCUGCCGGAACAUACUAAGCUGAGCUAUCGACCUCAUGACAGCAAUGAGUUGGUGCUCCUUUCAGAAGAGAGCAUGAAGGCUGCCUGGGGCCAAGCGAAAAACUACUGCCUGACUCUGUGGUGUGAGAACACAGUGGGUGACCAAGGCUUUCCAGAUGAAUCCAAGGAAAGUGAAAAAUUUGAUGCUAAUAACCACACAAGAGAACCUCAGUUUAAGGAAGGGAGCCAAGUGAUAGCACUCUUCCGUUAUGAGGCUACCCAACCAGAGGAUCUGGAUUUUCUGGAAGGAGAUGUAAUCCUGGUGCUAUCAAAUGUGAAUGAAGAAUGGCUGGAAGGCGAGUGCAAAGGGAAGGUUGGCAUUUUCCCCAAAGCUUUUGUUGAAGAACAUGCAACUGAAGAUUUGGAAAGAACUCCCAGAGAUGUCUAAGAUGUUUCACAAUGUACAAAUUUGAAGAAACGGAAGCACUGUCAUUUGUUUCCAAGAUCGAGCACUCCUCCGCCGUACACUGUACUGAGACAUUACAGCUUGGAAAAGUGUUAACCUACUUUUCCCUGUUACUGUAACCUAUUAGAUGAUGAUGACAUAAGAACUCAUCAGGAUGAUGAUUACCUUGUGGGGUGGGAUGGUUGGAAGUGUCUGGAAGGGGCAUGAGGGGGUCUUCUAGGGUGCUGGUAAUCUGUUUCUUGCUCUGGUUGUUGGCUACAUAGGUGUGUUCAUGAAAAAUUCACUGAGUUGUACACUUACGAUUGGUACAGUUUUCUGUGAUAUCUUAAUAAAAAAUUUACCUUACAAAAACAAAAUGAAGCACCCAGAGUCUAGGCCCAAGAGCUAAGUGUAAACCUUGGCAUUCCCAUACCAUUACUGUCAUAGUCGCCUAGGGCUUGAAGUAGCUUACAGGUAAUUCAGAAGGCAGAUACACAGUUAACUUGUUUUCUCUUUUCAUUACAAGUUUAAUUGCUUAAAGAGAACUUUGAAUAAAUGGCAUGGAAUAUA